AUGGAAAGGAGAAGCACUGUUACACUUCGACAGUUUGAAGAAAACGAUCAACGAAGGGUGAUAUAUGUAUUUAAAAACAGUAUGAUGGAUUUAUUCAAACCAAACUACCAACGACAUUUGAGUUAUCGAAGAUUUAUUAACGUCUUCCUGCUAGCCCUGUGUCUUUAUUUAUCGUUGUAUGUAUACAAUUCAGUUCUAUUGUGUGUUGUAAUAGUUGCAUUAAUACCAACCGCAUACAACAUAUCAACGCAUAUAAUAUUCAAACAAUGUAUUCGCAAAAGACUUGCUUCAGAUUUGAAGGAUAUUAAGACUACUUACAUUGACAUUGACAGUGGGAGUGGUAACUUUUGGGUGGCUGUUUAUGAUGGUCAAAUCGUUGGUACAGUCGCUUUAUUUCUUAGGGAAUUUGAAGGACGUGGCAUGCAGCCAGAACUCACAACGAUGUAUGUACACAGGAAAUAUCGACGUCUAGGAAUCGGGACUAAACUAAUGAACAAAGCGGUACAGUAUGCAAACGACCAUCAAUUUAGUUGUGUAUUCCUUACAACAGGUGAAGAUAACCAUGAAGCCCGAAAACUGUACAUAAAAACAGGUUUUGUAAAAAUUAGAGAGUAUGUAGUUAAUUACCAUGUUUUAAUGUCGACAGUAAUGACUACAUACGUUUUAAAUUUGAAACCAGUUGUUGAUGAUGCCGUAACAGCAACUCCAGAUACAUCUAGCAUAAAACAAAAGUGA